AUGGCGUCCGAGUGUGAAAGUGAAGAAAUCCCUGCACCAACGCUUUCACUGUAUUCGUUGCCGAGUAAAGCCAAAGAGCCGUCAGGGAUGACAACGCCGUCGAUCCACACCUCCGUUUCGGUUCCGUUCCAGUGGGAGGAAGAACCGGGCAAGCCUAGGCUGUGUGCUGCCACCGCUAGUCAAUCGAAGCCUCAUAGUGCAAGAUGCCUUGAACUGCCUCCGAGGUUAUUAGCUGAGGCCAAGGUUUCGAACAUGCCAUCUCCGACAACCGUCUUGGACGGGCUUGAUUCGGCGGGUCGGUUUGUGUCUCAGACCUUGUCGUUUCGAAAAGGCGGGUCUUAUCGGAGUCCCGACGACAGGAGGGUGAGUAAGGAGCGAGCAGAAUUUGGAUCGAGUAGGUGGAGGAGUUUUAGAAAACCCGGUCAAGUUGUUCAGGGAAGUUUUGAGCUUUCAUCUACUCCGGUCAUUGAUUGCGGCGGUGAUGGUAGCGGUGCACAGGUGAAGAUCACUAGGGUUAGGCGGAAAGGGAGCUUGUUGGGUCUUUAUCAAUCUAGGUCACACGUUCUGGCAAGCAUUUAUGAAAGCUUUAAGCUAGUGAUCCCAUGGAGACGUGGGCAGGAGAAAACGAAGAAGAAGGGAUCCUGAACUCAUUACCACCGUCCGAUCUGUGUGAGAUGAGAUCAGUUUAACUUUUGUGUAUGAAAAGAAUGAAUU